AUGCAGACGCAGCUGGCGGCGAUCAGCUGCACAGUUCGAUACGACUGCAAAGUUGCUGGUAUGGCAGCUAGCGGUCAUUGGAUGCCACCCAAUGAACUGGGGGUGCGAACGCACAGUCUGGAGCUGGCCCUUCGUGAAGUGCCUGGACUCACACUCAAGCUUGAGCACGUCAAGGCACAUGAAGGAGAUCCUUGGAAUGAGUGUGCGGAUGGGUUAGCUAAAUUGCUUUCCAAAGGAGAGCUGGAACUUGCAGAACCACCGCAAGCCACGGGCAAGGAAUUUAUGCAGGGCAACCUACAAUGGAUGGCCACGGAAAUCGCGGCGAUUCAAACUGGCGCCCUGCCUGUAGUCAACGGGCGACUUACAUGGACGGACGCCCCCUUCGAGGACUACAAGCUCCCCCCCCACGAGCUCAUCCCGGUCACCGCCCAGGAGCAGGGAGAACUUGGGGAGGCGAAGCCAUUCCAGAUGAAGGGCAGAGAGGGCAUGUCAAUGAGCAAAAACUAUCUCAGAUUGUCCACGGAGUCGCAAAGAUUCUGGGGAACCUCCCUGUGGGUGCACCGAACCCUGGGUAUUAUGAAAGUUGGAGGAGUCCCGCUCAUCAUCGGCGAGGAGGACCUCUCCAUCCUACACCAAUGCCCGCGCAUAUUAGCAAUUCUGGCCAAGAAAAAUGGGCACAGAUUGGUUCUAAUAUCGGCGCACUGUCCACACUCAGGCCGAGAAGCGGAGCAGAAAACCUUUAUGGACAAGAUGCGGCAGAUUCUCAUGAGUGCCAAGAACUCCGACCUUGUGGUGAUGGGAAUCGAUUUGAACGGACGGCUGCCCUCGCCCUUCCCGCCGGCGACUGGACACUUGGAGUACGGUGAGCCCGAUGCGUGCGGCAGGUUGAUGGCCAACAUCAUGGUUGAUGCCGGCCUUUGGGCUCCCUCCACCUUCCAGGGGCUCCACAUGGGGGAUUCGGCCACCUACACUCACCCGUGUGGAACGGAGAGUCGCAUUGAUUUCAUCAUACAAGGAGGCCGCGGAAGGGUUUUUCGCACCAGAACCAAGGUCAAUAAAGAUUUUGACACGGGCAGCCCGAAUGAUGACCACCGCAUGCUGGAGAUUGAGAUGGAAGGAGACCUCAUGAGCAAAGGUGGAGGUAAGACAUUAUGGAGGCAGAAGUUCGACACGGACAAAAUGCACACUGAAGAGGGUAAGACCAUCCUGCAGAAAGCCCUCAGUGCAUUCCCCCAGCCAUCGUGGGAGACCCAUCCAGAUCGACAUUGUCUCCUCCUGCAGAAGUACCUACACGAGGUGCUCAAGAAGAACUUCCCCCUCCAAAAGGACAAUAAGGCCUCCUACAUCCCCGGGGAGAUAGCCACGCACCGCAUCAAGAAAACCAUCAUCGCGGCCAAGACGACGAUGUUGAACCAGGUGGUUACACGAGGUGUGCAGAAUGUUGGUGCUAUUCUGCAAAGAGCCAAAGCGGCAGGGAUAGGAGGUCGCAAAUCGCGACCGGUGCAGCGGCCUUUGCCGCAACUUUUGGACCCCAGCAACGGCAAACCGGUCCAAGACCGCAAGGACCUCGACCGAACCUGGAUGGAGUACUUCGGCCAGCAAGAACAAGGAGUUCUCUCUACUGUGGAGGAGUUCCUACAGCGGAGGCCCAAUUACGGAGGCACCACGGAAGAGGCAUGGAGUCACGAUCUACUGCCCUCCCUGCAGGACAUUGAACAGACGCUCAGGGAAAUCCCUCGGGGAAAAACCGGGGGAGUGGACAACUUCCCCAGCGACCUGAUGAACGCGAUGCCCGUCCAGAUGGCAAAGACCCUACAGCCCCUCUACCUCAAGAGCCUACUCAGCUACCAGCAGCCAGUUCAAUGGAGGGGGGGUGUACUCUAUGAAGCUUUCAAGGGCAGCGGCAUGCAAAGCAGAGUUGAGAAUUUCCGCAGCCUCUUCAUCUCCAGCUUUGCGGGAAAGGCGCUUCACAAAGUGUUACGAAAGAAGGUGCAGUCCAGCAUUGAGGACACACUGCACCCGCUACACUUUGGACCCCGACGUCAUGCCCCUGUGCUCUUUCCAGCACUGUAUGUGACCACCCACAUCAAGCACUGCCAGGCGACCAAGUCCAACAUGUCCUUGUUGUUCAUUGACUGCAGAGCUGCCUAUUAUAGGCUUGUGAGAGAGAUCGCCACAGGUGUUUUAACCAACGACGCGGCCAUCUACCAGCUCUUUGCAAAGUUUGGAUUGGACAGUGGCGACAGCCUGGUUGAGGCGAAAGCCGGGAGUAGACCGGGGGAAGCGUGGGCGGACACGCUUUACGCUUUCAUUUAUGCGAGAGUCCUCUACAGGGUCCAUGAGAACCUAGCGGCGGAGGACAUCCUUUUCGAGGUCCCCUGGGACCAAGAAUGCGGAGUUUGGGCACAAGCCCGACAGGGCUCCCUUCUGGAAACCUGGGAUGGGACGUGGGCAGACGACUCUGCUGUCCCACUACGAGCCGACACGGCGCCCUCCCUGGUGAAGAAAACAAAAAGGAUGUGCUCAAUCUUUAUCAGCACGCUCCGGUCGCAUGGUUUGGACCCGAACCUCAAAAGGAACAAGACGAGCUUGCUUCUUGGACUGAAGGGUGGCCACUCCAAGAAGAUCCGGCAGGAGCUUUUCGAGGAUGGCAAACCGGAGCUACGUCUGGAGGACAUUGGGGAGGCAAUCCAUGUGGUUGAGGGUUACAAGCACCUUGGUGGAAUGGUUGAUGCCAAGGCCUCUUUCGCGAUGGAGGUCAGGCUUCGGCUGUCCCUGGCUUCGGGAGCUUUCGAGUCGGCUAAGAAGCUCCUGUUGCAGAACCAAAGACUGCCCCUGGAGAUCCUCGCUUUCAGGGCUCGAAUGAGCCUCAUGGUUUCGCUGGUCAAGGCCGGACCGCCAGUGCUUUGGGCCAUGCUCCAGGAGGAGGGAGCCUGGCUGCGGCAGGUUCAGGAAGACCUGCGGCAUUUGGUCGCGGGAGAAGAGGAGCA